CUCUCCUCCCCUCUCUCCUCCCCUCUCUUCCUCUCCUCCCCUCUCUCCUCUCCUCUCCGCUCAGCUCUUCCCCAGGAAGAUGAUGAAAGUGAUGAUGAGGAUGAUGUGACACCGGGGCCAACCAAUGACGGGGCGAGCAGGGCAGCAGGAGGGGCGUGUCUCGGAGGCCGAGCUCGGAUGCUGAUCGAUGCUGAGGCGACCGAGGCGGAAGGAGAGAGGGGAAGAGAGGGGAGGCAGAGGAGGGUGGGAGAGGCCUAGCCCGAGCCGAGGAGCGCCGACACUGGCCUGAUACGAGGACGGGGAAGAGCAGGAGGAGGAGGAGGAAGAGGAGGAGGAGGAGGAAGAAGAAGCUGCCGCCUGUCAGAGGGGCAUCAACCUGCUGUCAUGGAUAAAUAUCGACCAAAGAGACCGACCACCCUGGCUCUGUUCCCUCAGCUGCCACGAGCCGGCACCCAGGACUCCAUCAACAACAACUCCUUUGGUAAGAAGGAGAGCUGGAAGGAGUCUCACUCGUCUUCCCCUCACAUCACAGGGGAUCUUACGCCACCGGACGUCCGACCAAAAGCGGAGGACAAAGUCCGGCAGGGAACCCGCCGCCCGGCCCCGAAACCACCUGCAGCCAAUGAGACCAAAGGCAAAACCAAGGCUCAGACGGCCGCCGCCGACUCACGCACCCGCCUGCGAGACAAACAGGCGUCCGCCGCCGCGCACACACAAUCCUCCAACAGUCCGAGGACUCAGCGCAGAGCAGCAGCAGCAGCCGGAGGAGGAGGGAGAGGAAGAGGAGCAGCAGCAGCGAUGAAGGACAGGAACCAGGGAAAGGAUGGAGUGAAGGAAGAGAGACGAACGGGGAGACUGUGCUCCGAGGCCAAGGCCAAGGACAAAGAGAGGAACGGGCCCCAGAGGCCGAGGGAAGCCAACGGACCGAAGGGCCGAGGGGCCGAGGAGAAAGGAAGAGCAGGAGCUAAAGGGUCGAACAGAGGAGGAGGAGGAGCGGUGAAGACGAACAACGCGCCGCUGAACCAGGAAGUCUACCUGACGGCCAAUGUGGUGCCGCGCACGCCGGUCGCACCGCGGACGCAGGACAAGAGCCAAGACCGAGGCCAAAGCCACGAUGGGACCCAGGACAACUCCUCUGUAAUGUCCCGGUCCAGCAGUGAGGGCGGGUCCAACAGAAUGUCCCUCAGCUCCGACACCGAGGGCCCCCCUCCGGGGCCCCUGCAUCCCUCUGUAUCCUACAGAAUCAACCCUGACAUCAGGGAAGAGGACGGGGAGGGAGUACCGACUCCCUGCGCCAACGUCCAGAACCGUCCGACCAACGCGUCCGCCGUUGAGGAACAAACAGCGAUGGACUGCACCAACUCGGAAGUGGACGCAGCUGUCCCUCAAGGAGAUCCGGCGGCUUCUCGGACUGUACCGAGGAGUGAAACUGCAGCCGGGCUGAGUUAUGACUCUGUUAAAUACACGCUGGUGGUCGACGAACACGCUCAGCUGGAGCUGGUCAGCCUCAAGGACUGUUUCCACCGUUACAAUGAGCACAACGACGACAGCGACGCCGAGACGGUCUACCAGUCAGCCAAUGAGGAGGAAGACCCCGAGUACGAGCAGGAGAUGAAGAGGAAAGAGGAGGCAAGAAGUGAAAAAAGAAGAAAGGAGGCGGAGACAAAGAAGAGGUUGGAGGAAGACGUGAAGAGGAGGAGAGAGGAGGAGGUAAAGAGGCGGAGGGAUGUUGUGGCGAGGAUCUGCAAACCGUCCAAAGUGGCGUCCAAAGUGGCGUCCACCGCGGCGCCGGAGGACGAGGAGUCUCACGGAGGAAGAGCCGGCGCUCCCAGAAGUAGGAAGUUCCUCAACCUGUUUGCCAAAAACAGCAGACACUACAGCACCACCGGUGCUGGGUCAUUCGGCUUGUUCUCCUGCGUUCUGGACGGAGUGGAGCGACAGCAGAGCCACAGAGCCGCCUACAGGUUUGUCCCUCGUCAUGCAGACGAGCUUCAGCUGGAGACGGACGACCCGGUGUUACUGCUGAACCAGUCCGAGGACCUGUGGUGCCAGGGUUACAACAUGAGGACGGGGGCGACGGGCAUCUUCCCGGCCUUCUACGCCGUCAAGUUGGCCAAAGAUAUUAACCCGUUGCAGAAAGACGGUUUGGUGGAGAAGUUCCAGGUGCGAUUCCUGGGUUCCGUUCAGGUGCCCGUCCACAAAGGCAGCGACGUGCUGUGUGCUGCGAUGCAGAAGGUAGCGUGUAACAGGCGGUUAGCGGGUCAGCCUCCCGCGGCCUGUGUGCUGGAGGUCAGUGUGAGGGGCGUGAAGAUCAACGUCCAGGACCAGUGUCACUCUGCUCACAGGGGCGACCAGUGUUUCCACUUCUUCCAGCUGAAGAACAUCUCGUUCUGUAGUUGUCAUCCGAAACACAGCAAGUAUUUCGGAUUCAUCACCAAACACCCCGACCAACAGCGCUUCGCCUGUCACGUGGUGAUGUCAGAUACAACGUUACAUCCUCUGGCCGAGUCUGUCGGGAGGGCGUUCCAACAGUAUUACAAGGAGCACAUCGGCUACUCCUGUCCCACCGAGGACAUCUUCAUCGAGUAGCACCUCUCCCUCAUCCUUUGUACUGGAUACUCACUAUGUGCAUGUGUAGGCCUCCGUCUUACACCACAGCCUGGACUGCUGACAUGUCGUCGUCGUCAUGGUACUUGCAUGGUGGAUCUUCUUUUUCUUAGCCGCAUUCAGUGACGCAGCGAGACGUUCCCUACCGUCGGCCACGUCACAACCUCUGUGGAUGGAUACAGGAUCACGUGAGAUGUCCCAAAUGUAACAUAAAUCUACCCCAACAAAUAAAUUAUAUUGAUAUAUUUUAUAGGCUAAAAUUAUUUAUAUGUAACUACACAUAGAUAUUGGCUAUACAACCAUGUAGACCGCCGCCUUCAGGAGCAAGGAGUCGACUUAACGACAGGAAGUUUACAGCCUAUGAAAUGGAUGAUCAUUAAUCGGGGACAGUCUUGGUAAUCAAUCAACGCAAAAAAACUAAAAUAAUUGAUCCGCGAUCUGUGAAUUUGCACAAUUGAUCAAACAGUUUAUAACAUUUACUUUGGUCUGCUACGAUUCUGCGUCUAUCACGUCAAGAUCUCAACAGGAUACGUACGAAACCUUUUAGCCUAAUUUCAGACUCGAGGGGGCGUUCACGUGUAUUCUAAAAAGUUAUGACAUUUUAAUUGCAGUUUUCAGACUAAUGUAUGCAUAAAAGUGUGACAUGUAUGUCGACUAAAUGUUUUUAAAUGGCGGUGAAUCUUCUGUCGUUAAAUGAGCAUUCAUCCUUGACUCAGCGGUAGCGACGGGCUCCUUAUCUACAACGACGGCCCCAACGGACCCGCUUUUGUCUUUGCACAGAUUGAUGUUUUCCAAAAAAUCACAUCGAAGUAUAAUUCUGUCUCAUAUACAAAACCCCCAACACACUUGACAAUCUACUGUUGAAGACGACGGGAGCCUGAAGUGUCUCCUCUCGGCUGCUCGACGUUCCUUUUUCUUCCAGACGUGGUCCCGACCACAACGAACCCUUUAUGAAGGCUUCUCUCUACGUCGUGUGACAACAGGGGCCAAAUGACGCUGUGCAAUUUAGUUACGCGAGCGACUGAACAGAUCACUUCUCUUUCAGCUUAGACUUCUUUUGCAUUUCUACAAGUCAUUGUGGAAGAACGUACUUGUCAUUGUUGAUUCUUCAGACUUCACUUCACAAACUGACCCACUGUCCGAGUUGCUUGUAUGAAAAAAAGGAGAAUUCCUUGUUUUUGCAGCCAGUAGAGAAUUAUUCCAAGCUACACUGAUCCACCUUUUUAAAAAAUGGAUCAAAUGUGUGCGAUGUGAAGGAGUCGCUCACGGUGACAAACCCACGGACACUUACCACCCAACCCCUCAGUUUCCCUCAACUGUAUCAAGAUUUGUUUUUUGCCUCAUGACAUUGACAUUGUUCUGGUUUUGCAGCAACUAAAUUACACUCAUCAGCAAUUUGUUGCCAGCAACAGCAGCUACUUCAAACUACAUAGCUCUGAUUAAUCCAGCGUCUGUAACCGAUCCCACUGCGUUUAGCAGCUGAAGAGCGAGAUGUUUUCUUACGACUUGGUGGAAGAUAGAACUUCAGAAUAUCUAAGGGGUCAUCUGAAACUUGACUAAAAGUAAUAUUGCUUCUUUAAGAUGUGGCAAUGUAGAGUGUUCAGCUUGUCCUGCUGCCCCCAAGUGGCAAAACCCCCAAUGACAACAAUUAAUUAAUGCAACUUUAAGAUCACAGAUUAGUUUUUUCCGACUUCCAGAAUUCCAGCCAAUGAGAAUACGUCUGCACACGCAGUUGAACCACACGAUAUCUGAGCUGAUGGAGUCAAUGGAAAGUUUUUUAAAAAAGCAAAAGAAGAAGAAGCCUGAAAUGUUUUAUGUUUAAAAGAAAAAACAGUGCCUUUUUUAUUUUUUGGGUGCAGCGAUGACGACGGUCCUCGGUGAGUUAUACGUAGUUACCUGUUGACUUCACACGACGUCUCUGAUUGACACAACGGAUCAUUUCAUUCAUUGUAGCUGGACAUAUGACUUGGUACAUCUAAGAUGGCUGCCAUGGAAUAUCUAAUGACGGUUCUGGACUGAAGGACGACGCGCUGGUGUAUAUAGACCAUAAUCGCACAGCGGCCAUUUUAUUCUGACAUCAUGCUCAUAAACAUGUUAACAAAACAGAAUGAACGUCUCCGUGAUCCAGGUCACAAGUCGCACAAACAUAAUUAAGGAAUUUGACAAAUAAUAUUUCCCGCAAUCUGAUGAGCAACUGAAAAAACAAUGGAGAGUUAAAAUCUGGAGGGAGAUUUCAAAAUAAACAUAUUCGAUAGCUCACUUGCUAACAGCUAACAUUAGCAUUCACUUCAAGCUAACGUUUCUGUUUGCUGUUACGUGAUACGAUGAAAUAACAAUAUGCACGUUGGACUAGAUGUUAUCAAGCUAGCAAAUGUAACAUUAAUUGUCGUGGUGAGUUUUCACCCGAUCUCAGAAAUGUCAGUUAAGUCGUGUAACGUUAUGUGACAUCAGCAAAUUUGUUCCAAGCACGUUAGCAUUAGAUUGAGCGUUUAGCAAUUAGCUUGAUUACAGUGCAUUUUACUUCCAGGCUUAAAUAACCGUGUCCUACAGGUGCAUUGAUAUUCAAAAUUUAAAAUGUCUUUACCAUCAUAUGUCACAGUGUCAAACCGUAAUGUGAGCCAGGAAGUGGUCAAAUGCUAAUGUUAGCUGCAGUCUAGUUGUAGCUAAUGAGCUAUCAAAAUAUGGUGUUUAACCAGAAAACACGGCCUGUGGUCCCGCCAGAUUUUUUAAUACCCAUUUUUUCUUCAGUUGCUGAUCAGUGGGGAGAUUGUGAAACGACAGCAGUUUGUCCGAUUCGCCGUACGACAUUAUUCUGCUAAUAGCUUUUGGGUGACGUCAAAGGAAAAUGGCUGCCGUGCGAACAUGGUCUAUUGUCCCUUGAUUGAUUAAAACAUUACAGUAGAACUGGUCAAUAUUACACCAGUCUGCUUUGGGAAGAUGUGAAUUCAAGAUGAUUCUAAAGCAACAUUUUUGAUGAAGCUUUCAGCGUGAAUAUGACUCAUUGUUUUGGAUUAAAUUUACCAUUGGUGCAGUAUUGAUAGUCUAAGCAAAGAUUUUUGAGAGGUUUUUUUUUGUCCCAGUCUCUCACUGCAUUUGUAAAAGAAAUGCAAGGGAAAAUGUUAAAUACUUGUAAAUGUUGGCAUGAAGAUGGUUAAAGGUACUGAACACCUACACAAGGCAUGCGGCUUCCUGGUCUCUGCAACUCUUAGCAUCUGACUCUUUUACAUAUAAAAUCCCUUCCCUUGCCUUUCAGACAGACUUUGCCUUCCAUUCGUGUCAAGAACAAUAUGAAAAAUAAUGCAACACAAAUUUUAACUUCAGACGUUCACUGUGAUGGAUGACAAAUUCAAAGUUUCGUGUCUCUGUUUCGAUUCUCGUACAGUGAAUGAAAAUCAUCGUCAACCUGGAAAAAACAAAAGUAUUUUUUCAGUUGUCAUUUCAGCUGCAGAGCAAGUUUGACCUUUUUAAACGACAAUAAACCAAAUUUGUCAAUUCCAUGCCAGCCCUCCGAGGUGAACCGCCCAAGUUGUCCUGAUCCACCAGAAAGUGUCCUUUCUCUGUAUUCCACUCCUGCGACUCCGACACCACGGGGGAUCAACUGUACUUAACUCAUCGACAUAGAUAUUAUCCUGUAUAGAUACUGUAUGUAAGUAUUAUGUUUGUAUAGGAGUCAUUAUUGUAUGCUGUUGGUAUAACCAAAGUCCUGGGUGUAACACCGCAUGAUCUCGAUGUUGUAAAAAUGAAGACAAGAUGCACAGACUGGUGAUAGUGAUGGUGGUUGUUCUUGUCAAUAAAUCACGUUUACAACUGCA